GUCUCGGAGGAAAACAAAGCUCUAGACCCAAGAUGAAGGCAGAGAAGGAGGCUCCUUUAAAGGUCAAAAUAUUUUCCCAGGUCUUUUGGCUCAUUUUUGUCACUUCCUUCGAUUCAGGUGGGGUGCUGGCAGUGAAUAUGACGAUCCCUAACACUCUCAUCAGAGGUACCGUUGGAGGGGAGGCCCUACUGUCUGUCCGCUACAGCAGUUUCAGCCUCGAUCUGCCAGUCAUCAAGUGGCAGCUCAGGAGGGAAAAGUCUAUAACUGUAGUCCAGUCAAUUGGCACUGACAUCAUUGGGACCCUGAGACCCGAGUAUCGAGACCGCAUCCUGGUCUUUGAAAAUGGGACUCUGCUCCUUCAUAACCUCCGUCUGUCUGAUGACGGGACAUAUGAUGUGGAGAUCUCCAUCACUGAUGAUUCCUUCACAGGGGAGGGCAGCAUCACUCUCACUGUGGAUGAGUUUAUAUCUCGGCCCUACAUCCACAUGGAGGCUUCAUCAGUGCUGGAGCUCAGUGAAAAUGUCAUCCUCAACUGCUCCCACGACAAUGGAACCAAGACCACAUACCGGUGGUUUAAAGGGGGGAAGCCACUCACCAACAUGACAAGGUUCCUGAUAUCACCUGACCAGAAGUUCUUGACCAUCACACGGGUUUUGAUGGCCGACGACGACAUCUACAGCUGCUCAGUAGAAAACCCUGUAGGCAAUAUGACGAGUCUGCCUCUCCGGCUGACGGUCUACAGGAGAAGUUCCCUCUACAUCAUCUUGUCCACUGGAGGAAUCUUUCUCCUCGUCACUUUGGUAACAGUGUGUGCCUGCUGGACACCGUCCAAAAAGCCAAAGCCCCAGCCAAGAAAGCCUCUCUCCAGGUUCUAUGACCGCUGCCAUCACUCACCAAUUAAUCAGUACAAUACAGAUGAGCGGUUUCCAAAAACGACAGAACACAACGGAGUAAACGCUGUGACUUCACUCUACAUCCUGCAGGAAAAGGAGCCCUCCUUGGAUGACUCGUCCAGCAACAGUAUUGGAUCUCCUUCAGACAUCGAUAACCCUCCGUGCUACACCAGUUCCCCCAGCUACAACAGCUGUCUUAACCACUCUACCUCAUCUCCUGCCCGCUCCUCAUACAGAAAAACCCACACACAUACCACCUGCUGUAUCGGACUGUGUUCAUACUCAAGCAUGCCCAGGCACAGAAGAAUGUUACUGAUGCAACGGCAGACCAGUGGAAGAGACAGGAGGGGGAGCAAUCAUGCUCAGGCACAACAAUCGUGCCUAAUGUGAAAAAACACAAAUGGAAAUACUUAGCCAGAUUCUGAGAUAUGGCAUUGAGUCUUUCAGAGAUAGGUGAGGGGUCGGUAAGUUUUAAACUGUAGAGUGAUCAAGAGAAAAUAUUUCUUACACUUCAUUUUAUAUCAGAGUCAUAACAAAACAAGAGGAUUUUUUGCGUUUAUGUGUUGAAAGUUUGAGAUAGAAGAACCAACCAUCAACAUUUAAGUGUUACUGUGUUUUUACUUGUCCUGUUGUGUUAAAUCAGUGGUUCUCAACUGGUGGGUCUGGACCCAAAAGAGGGUUGUGGAGCUGAUUUUAGCGUGCCUGGAAAAAAAUAGCUAAAUAGUCUAUGAUGUACGGAGGCCCCAAAUGAACAUACAUCCAUACUCUUGAAUGUAGACUUUUGAUUUGUUUUCUUUGUCCUGUUUCUUUGUUCAAUCAUUUUGCUUUUUCCAUUUAAUGUUCAACCGACAACAUAUUUAUUAAAGAACAACUAAAACCCAGAGUUAUAGCUGAGGUUUAUCUAGUCCGGACCUUCAGAAAACCUUUAGAACAUUAAGAACAGCGGGAGCAAGGAGGGAGGGGUUAUAACACUCCUACGUACUGUCACUUAACGGCCACAUCAUUUAGCCUAUGCUGUUUUAACCAUAAUGUCGUAACAAAUCAAAGUAGCCUUACCACAAUCUACAUGCACUUCAUUUUAAGACAAACAUGGAUUAUCCUCAACCUUAAAAAAGCACUACAUUACCCCCAAUUCUAGAGUAAAACAGCAAUUUGCUUGGGAAACUUCAACAUUCUGCAGUUACUGGUGAAUUUAAUGGUCAUUUUUCAACAUUUUUUAAUGAAGAAACAAUGGUAGAUGGUCAUGUAGAAGUCACAAGAUAGUAUCUGAUCAAUAACCUUGCAAAGCCAAUGGAUCUAACCUGACAUGCCAGAUGGAUUUGUUUCACACAUCCAUCUGGA